CCCGACACGGACAGCUCCGUCGCUCCCGCCCUCGGCUCAUCCCCGCAUCCCCACUUCCCUCCUCCUCCCGCUGCGAGCAGCAUCCUCUUCAGACCCUCGGUCCUCACGCCCGGGGUCGUCCCGCUUCCGCGGCUCCGAGGAGACGCCCGCCACCUGCAUUCUGCUCCCAGCGGGCCUGCCGUCGGGUCUCGGCGCCCCCUAUUCCCCUGUCCACCAACCAUGACCGAAAUGAGCGAGAAGGAGAACGAACCGGAUGACGCGGCCACCCACACCCCCCCGGGGACUGUCUCUGCCCUCCAGGAAACCAAGCUCCAGAGAUUCAAGCGCUCGCUCUCCCUCAAGACCAUCCUCCGAAGUAAGAGUGUGGAGAACUUCCUCCUUCGCUCGGGCUCUGAGCUCAAGUGCCCGACCGAGGUGCUGCUGACGCCCCCAACCCCUCUGCCCCCUCCCUCUCCACCACCCAUGUCCACAGACAGGGGCCUGCCCACCCCAACCCCCUCCCCGUGCCCAGUCCCACGCCCCCUGGCACCGAUCAAACCAGUGAGACUGCACAGCUUCCAGGAACAUGUCUUCAAGCGAGCCAGCCCUUGCGAGUUGUGCCAUCAGCUCAUUGUUGGGAACUCCAAGCAGGGCUUGCGAUGUAAGACCUGCAAAGCGGGUGUCCACCUCUGGUGCUCCGAGGAGAUCUCCCACCAGCAAUGCCCGGGAAAGACAUCCACUUCCUUCCGCCGUAACUUCAGCUCUCCCCUCCUGGUGCAUGAGUCAUCACCAGCCUGUGCCAUGAGCAGAGAGUCCCCACCUACUGCAGGGACCAGUGGGAAGGUGGACCCAGUCUAUGAGACCCUGCGCUAUGGCACUUCUCUGGCACUGAUGAACCGCUCCAGCUUCAGCAGCGCAUCUGAGUCUCCCACGCGGAGCCUGAGUGAGCGGGAUGAGCUGACUGAGGAUGGGGAAGGCAGCAUCCGCAGCUCAGAGGAGGGGCCCAGUGACAGUGUAUUCACAGCCCCAGCUGAGAGCGAAGGGUCAGGACCAGAGGAGAGGAGCCCUGGACAGCAGCCCCCCAGGUUAUCCUUGCGGAAGGAUGUGGGGCCCAUGUACUCCUAUGUUGCACUCUACAAGUUUCUGCCCCAGGAGAACAACGACCUGGCUCUGCAACCUGGAGACCGGAUCAUGCUGGUGGAUGACUCUAACGAAGACUGGUGGAAGGGCAAGAUCGGCGACCGGGUUGGCUUCUUCCCAGCCAAUUUUGUGCAGCGGGUGAGGCCAGGCGAGAACGUUUGGCGCUGCUGCCAGCCCUUCUCCGGGAACAAGGAACAGGGUUACAUGAGCCUCAAGGAGAACCAGAUCUGUGUGGGUGUGGGCAGAAGCAAGGAUGCUGAUGGCUUCAUCCGCGUCAGCAGUGGCAAGAAGCGGGGUUUGGUGCCAGCCAACGCCCUGACUGAGGUCUGAUGAGAGCCAAGAGAACCCAGCUGCCACCCUGGCCCAUGCCUGGCCCUUGCUUCUGGACCAGGCUGGGGGAAAAGGCACCCUGGCAACACCCUUCUUCUCCUUGCCUCUCUCCUUGGUGCCACGAACAGUGGCUUAGGAGCCUUCAGCACUGAGGGAGGUUUAUUUCUUGGGUGGGAUGCCCUGACUGGGUUGAUCUUCUGGGACUUGGGAGGGGAAAGGAGAAAGUGGGAAGGAAUGAGGAAGCUGCAGGUAGGUCCACCCAGUAUCCAGGUACCCCUAAUCUGGUUGCUGCGCUGAGUCCCACCCUGGGGAGGGUCUCUGGGGAGUCCCCUGCUGUAUCGUCCAGAGACUCUUCACCUGCCCAUUUGACUUUGCAUGCCUGACCUGCCUCUGCCCACAGAGCCUGUGCUUGGGUCUAUGUGCGUCUGCCCCUUUGCUAGUGGGGCCUUGGAAGGGGGCCUUUCUGUGUCUCUCAGCCCUCCACCCUGGCUUGGGAGGGGACCCAGGGCUACAAGAGGGCCCUGAGUCCACCUCUUGGUCUCACCACCUCUGUCAACCCGUCAAUUCUCAGGAAAGUUCUGCAAGAAUCUCCUAUUACUUGAAACUUGGGCCGACAAAGCAGGGAAAGGCUGAGAAGGGUGUGACAAAUAUGAGACUGUCCCUUCAAUAAGGAUAAUCACCACAGAGCAGUCUCACCCUACCUUUGUCUACUGGAAAAGAGCAACCUGGACACAAAAACACAACUGAGAAGACUGGCCCAUGCUUGGUCAAAGCAACCCCAUUUCACUGUCAGGACUCCAAAAGUGCCCCCACC